AUGCCUGCUUCAACUUCCUCCCAAAUGCAAAUGCCCCGUGAGCCGGCCCCCGUAGCGUUUGCUGCUGAACGAACUAGCACCGAACAGCCGCGACCGAUUCAACCCAUGACCAUGGAACAACCUGAACUGAGCAUGCGAGGAGGCAAGAAUGGCGACGGCGGUGCUAUCUGCUGUGGCAUUUGCGCUGGUCUAUGUUGCUUUGAAUGCCUAGACUGCUGCUGUUAA